CCCCACUGCGCUCUCCCGCUGAGUCCGGCGGGGAAUCUACCGACCAGGGCUUGGCUCGGGCCCAGCUUCUCGACUCUUCUGCGCCUGUGCAACCCGAACGUUCGCGAAAAUUCCUGAAGCGGCACCGGCGGCUACCGGAAGCCAGCGCCGUCCUCUGCUGUAGGUAGUGCCGGCGAUUGGCGUGGUGGUUUCCUCUUAGUCCCAGCCGUGUGGGUUUCACCUGGGAGACGGAAUGGCGCUUCUGUGUUACAACCGCGGCUGCGGCCAGCGUUUCGACCCGGAGACUAAUGCGGACGAUGCUUGCACGUACCACCCAGGUGUACCUGUAUUUCAUGAUGCCCUGAAGGGUUGGUCCUGCUGUAAGAGAAGAACAACUGAUUUUUCUGACUUUUUAAGCAUUGUAGGAUGUACAAAAGGUAGGCAUAAUAGUGAGAAGCCACCUGAACCAGUCAAGCCUGAAGUCAAGACUACAGAGAAGAAAGAGCUGUCUGAAUUAAAACCCAAAUUUCAGGAACACAUCAUUCAAGCCCCUAAACCAGUAGAAGCAAUAAAAAGGCCAAGCCCAGAUGAGCCAAUGACAAACUUGGAAUUAAAAAUAUCUGCUUCCCUAAAACAAGCACUUGAUAAACUUAAACUGUCGUCAGGGAAUGAAGAAGAUAAGAAAGAAGAAGACAGUGAUGAAAUUAAGAUUGGGACUUCUUGUAAAAAUGGAGGGUGUUCAAAGACAUACCAGGGUCUACAGAGUCUAGACGAAGUCUGUGUGUAUCAUUCUGGAGUACCUAUUUUCCAUGAGGGGAUGAAAUAUUGGAGCUGUUGUAGAAGAAAAACCUCAGAUUUUAAUACAUUCUUAGCCCAGGAGGGCUGCACGAAAGGGAAACAUGUGUGGACUAAAAAAGAUGCGGGGAAGAAAGUUGUACCAUGUAGACAUGACUGGCAUCAGACUGGCGGUGAAGUUACCAUCUCAGUGUAUGCUAAGAAUUCACUGCCAGAGCUCAGCCAGGUGGAGGCAAACAGUACACUGUUAAAUGUUCACAUUGUAUUUGAAGGAGAGAAGGAAUUUCAUCAAAAUGUGAAACUGUGGGGCGUGAUUGAUGUUAAACGAAGUUAUGUAACUAUGACUGCAACCAAGAUUGAGAUCACUAUGAGAAAGGCAGAGCCCAUGCAAUGGGCUAGUCUUGAACUGCCCACAACCAAAAAGCAGGAAAAACAAAAAGAAGAAAUUGCAGAUUGAUUGGAAGAGAAGCAGAAAACUCUUGUCUGAUUUAGAGUUCUCAAUGUGUGUGGUGAAGUAGUAGCUUGCUGCUGUAACCUUUUUGUUGUUUUUUAAUCUGCCAUUUUAGGGUUAUCAUGAGUUUCUUUAAAGCCAAAGUCUCUUGAUUUUUUUGUGCCUCUAUCUUUCUUUUGAGUUCCAUAUUAAGACUCCAAGUCUCCUCAAUAGUAAAAACAUAGUUGUUACCCCACACACAAAGGGAGGAAAAAAACUCAUAAGUAUGAUUGUAGUAUUUCUUAGUAAAAAUUAUUAUAAGCAGAGAAAUAAAAGGAUUUUUUUCUUAUAUUACCGUUACCCUUAGAACGGUAGAAAGGUGUAAUAUAAAAAAUUUAAUUGGCCUUUUCAUGAACUUUGUUACUGUAAUAAAGUUUUAUUUCCCCUAUGAGGUGGUUACUUCGGUAGUGCUAACCCUAAAGCAGUAUAGUCACUGUCUCUGUGUACUGCUCACAGAAUUCGUUUGCAGUUCGUUUAAUUUCAGAGUUACACCGAUAUCUAUAGUUCUUGUCAAGCAAUAUAAUUUAAGACUAUAGGAAAUAAAAUUAAGUUUAUAGAAGCAUCAAUUUGGUUAAAAUUUAUCAUUUCAUAAGAGUAAGCAAUAAUGUUUUGAAAAUCUUUUUAAUUAUUUAAAGGUGUUUUUAUGAUGUUUUGACUAAAUUUUAUUAAAUUUCUAGUCUAAAUCUCUUAGAGAUUAUCUCUGUCUCCCAGAUGAAAACUGUAUCUGUAAAAUUGUGACUGUGUAGCUUUGUUGAGAUGUGUUAAGGUAUGUGUGAGGCUUGACUCUGCAAUGCCUCUGAGAGCUUGUUUUGAGUUCCCAAUUUACGGCUCUGUUUUGAAGGCUGUGGAACUUUUUGGAUGUUGGGCCUGGUUGGGUUCUCUAGGAGUGAGUCUUUAAGGAUUAUACACCCCUGCUGUCAGGGCAUGGAGCCACCUCUGUCCCGCGCUCUCAGUGCUGCCUCCCAGCCAUUGUAUGUAAACUGUAUCCUCUGAAACUGCGAGCCAAAAUAAACCUUUGCUCCUUUGAUUGUUUGUGUCGUGUGCUGUGGUCAAGGCGACAAGAACAAAGUAUGCAGUACUGAACAAGUAGGACAGCUGCGUGUUCUGUGUUAGUGUAGCUGCUUGAUUCUUUGGAAUUUUUCUAAGGGUGCCACAAAGAGGUUGACAAGUUUACCAGUACAAUACUGAUUUUAUGUUAUACCUCAUUUCUAUUAAUUGUAUAUGACACAGAACAUUUAUAUUUAUGCCAAUUACAGCCGUUAAUGAAUAGGUUACUUUUUGAGGCACAGCUCAAGGGGAAACCUGUUAUAUGAAGGUUAGAACUCUAGUAAAUUGGUGCCUUAAACUGGUAUAAAUCAAAAUGAAAGUUAAAGGUGUUUACGUUGGUAUUAAUGGAAUUCUUACAAAGAAAGUAUGAGUAUAGUCAAAAUAUUAUCUUAGUUAAUAAAGAAUCUGGGUGGGCACUGGAGAGAGCUCCCUUAACAGCACUGGCUGUUGGGUUGAUUCCCUGCACCCAUAUGGCAACUUAUAUACUCAAGGAACUCUACUUCAGUUACUGGUCCCUCUUCUGGACUCUGUGGGCACCAGGCAAGUAUGUUGUUCACAUUAGAUACAGCCAACUGUAUGCAACAUUCUGUCUAUCUAGUUCUGUCAACAAGUGUAAAGACACAAAUCUAGUCUUUAAGCUCUACGGAUACGAGGGCGUGCUCACAUUUUUUGGCAAUGAAAAACUGGGAUCCAGGCUGGGCGGUGGUGGCGCACGCCUUUAAUCCCAGCACUUGGGAGGCAGAAGCAGGUGGAUCUCUGUGAGUUCGAGACCAGCCUGGUCUACAGAGCUAGUUCCAGGACAGGCUCCAAAGCCACAGAGAAACCCUGUCUCGAAAAACCAAAAGAAAAGAAAAACUGGGAUCCAAAUAUUGUCUCUAAGUUUUUAGUUAGACAUGAAUUCAUUUAGAAAAGUGAUCUUACUUUCUGUCUGAGGGAAGAGGUUGAAUCAGUUUGAUUCAAAAUAUUAAUUACACUUAUCGCUUCCUUACUGAGCCUGUUUUCCCUUGAAUAGUAGCUUGUCUGUUGAGGUGGUACUGUUGAAGCAAAUGAUGUUUCCUAACCUCAGACCUGGUUGCACAGCACUGUUUUCAUUUUUAGUACAUUGUGCGGUGGUUACAUUUGUGACCAUUUAAUUGUUAUUUCCUUCCAGAACCUCUGUGUGUCACUCAGAUAAAAAUUAAAUGAAAUCGCAUUAUAAACUCUAUGUUAAAGUAACAGUAUUUACUCUAUGUUAAAGUAACAGUAUUUUUAAAGAAGAAUGUCAAUUUAUUAAGAAAGGUUAAGGAAAUGCUUGUUAGCUCAAAGAUAUUAUUUCUGUUACAUACAUGCAUUUUUAUUACGGCAUCAAAGCAGCCAAACCUAGAUAUAUUUUAUACAUGUUGUAACUCAUUGUAGCAUGGGAACGUAAAUGUUGUUUUUCUUGCCUAGUUUUGCUUGCACAAAGGAAUUAAUAUCCUAAAUUGGCCUGUCUUUUCUAACCGCUUAUUUUGAAAUAACUUUAGGUUGCCAAGCUUAUGAAACUAGUACAGGAGUUAUGGUUAGUAUGUCAUCUCCCCAUGUUAAAAUUUACAUAAAAAACACUUUACAGAAGUAAGGCAUUAACCUUUACAUAAUUUAAAAUAGAAUGAUUAAUUUUAACCUUUCUAGUGGAAUUCUUAAAGGGAAAUUUUUGGAGUCUGUCUUAUAAUGUAAGCCAGUAAUGUAAACAAAAUAUGAAUUGAAAUCAGCUGUUUAUAGGCUGACUGUACAUUUACAGAACUAUAGUCAGUGCACUGGUUGAGCUUUGCCAUUGUAUCUUGUGCUGGGGACUUUGUCUUUACAUAGAUCUUGUUUGAUUUUCUUAUCAGUUCAUCAGAAUGAAGAGAACUAUUAAAAGAUUCUUGCAGA